AUGACCAACCGACCACUUGUUGAACCUGCGCCUACAGAGUCACUGCCGCCAGCAAUGGAGCCAACUGUCGCUCCUGUUGCACAAGUUCCGGCCACCAUGGGCUUGGCCCGUCGCCCAUUCUAUGCAAUCGCUCACCGUGUCCUUGAAGACUACGGUAUAAGAGCUGCCCUUGCACACGGUGCUAACGCAAUUGAGAUUGACAUGACCGCUUGGUCCAGCGGCUGGUGGGCGGACCAUGACGGGCUGCCUACCAGCGCGGGGGACACGGCAGAGAAGAUGUUCCAGACCGUUGCAGAAGAGCGCAAGGCUGGCCAGAACAUUAUUUUUGUCUGGCUAGACCUCAAAAACCCCGACUACGAACCUAAUCCCAAUAAAAAGACAAGUGUCGAGGGGCUUAGGAGGCUAGCUCGCGAUAUUCUACAACCUGUUGGAGUCAAGGUCUUGUAUGGAUUCUACAAGUCUACUAUUGGUAAAAGAGCGUAUCAUUCAAUUCGUGGAGACUUGAACGCCAAUGAGGCUCUCAACGUGGACGGUGAGGUUUCAAUGGUUGAGAAGGAGCUUCACGAUUUGCCCCGAGGACAGCGUGUUUAUUCAAAUGGUUUCUUCGACCUUGCUCUGAAGUUCGAGGGUCCCUUGGCCAAUCUCAGGGCUGCCUCCAGGACCGGAACUUUUGGAAAGGUAUUUGGAUGGACACUUGCGAACCACAACGACAAGACAAAGGUCGACCGGCUUGUGAAUGGUGCUCAAGUUGACGGCCUUAUCUAUGGCUUCAAACACACGCACUAUUAUGACCAUGAGGAUACGAAGGGUGCCUUGAACGACAUUAUCCGCACUAUCCAGGCGGGUAACCACCACCGCUUGGCAAACAUCAAUGAUGACCCUUGGCGCGCAUAG